GCCGUAUAUCACACAUCGACCCAUGUCAGCGCGGCCGCCGACAAAGAUCGUGGAGGAGACCCAUGCACGCCUGCGAGCAGAACUGGACAGGUUAAACAUCCCACUGCUGGAUAUGUUGGAAGAGAAAACUGGUGUCGACAAGAUCGUGCUGGUCGUACUGGUCAUCGUGUUGUGGAGCAUGGUGAUUGUUGGAGGGGUCGGCGCUGGCGUUGUUUGCACGACUGUAAGCUUCGCCUACCCUGGGUACGCUUCGUUCCGCGUCCUGCAAAAGCCCGCCGUCGUCCGACCAGGCGAGGUUCGUUUGUGGCUCAUGUUCUGGAUCGUGUUUGCAUGCUUCAAGUUUGCCGAAGUGUUUGCGGACAAAGCGUUGGCGUCGUGGGUGCCAUACUACCACAUCCUCAAGCUGUGUGCUAUCCUUGCACUAAUCGUUCCGUCCACGAAGCGUGCCACGUCCUUCUAUACACAUUUCCUCGUGCCAUUCGUCAAGCCCAACGAGACGGACGUUGAUAAACUCCUGCGUGAAACCCAGCUCGAAAUGGACCGUGUCGCCGCCAACGUGUACAACAGCGACAUAUUUCACGGCGUGGUGAAUCUGUUCAAGGCCAAAACUGCGUAAUACACAAAUAUCCCAAUCCAUGCUCGUUGUCGUCGAGCCUAUGC